UAUUAGCACAGUGAGUAACAUAACAUGCUCAAAGUUGCGACGUGCGCAAGGGAAAUCUGUAAGACUCGAACUCAUAGAGAAGAGGGCAGUAAACCCACGCCAAGUACUGGUUGUUGCAUAUACGCCUCUGACAAUUGACUUCUAGGGAUUGAAACUACUCGGGAUGUUCCCGGUGUUCAUCUUUUAAUCUGAGGCAUAAGCAAGCAAUAUUCCUUAAUAUUAUUUACAGGAGCACCACGAUUUACAGUCUGGAGGAGAUUUGUUUUAAUAAACGAGUUUAACGCCGUUCAGCUCUCAGACUUUAAUUUCAACAACUUCCCCUGACGACUUGAAGGGAGGAGGCUGAUAGUUCAGUAAAUGUGCUGGGAGAAAUUGUUUUAGUCUAUCCAAACUCAAGCACGAAGAGCGACUGAUCUCCCAGCAGUGAAUAGCUCAGUACAGCAAGCAAGGGGUCAACAGCUCGACGUCUCCCCCUUGGGCUGGCAGGGCGAAUUGCAGCAGUUUGGGAAGAUUAGGAGGUGGUAGGUGCAGGUUUUUGCUCUGGCUAAUCUCCGUGUGAGCGUGUACAAGUGUAAACUGGCGCAGCCUCUCCGGAGCUCUUUUCAAACCAGAGCUGAGCGCAGAGCAGGACAGCCGAACCUGGAGAGCCACUAUCAAAAGGAGAAAGAUUCUCAUCCAAUCAUUUAACAUGGUCAUCUCAGCUUUUUCUGUAGUGCUCCAUGUCAGACCUGGGCAGUAACCCUCAAGAAAAAAGAUUACAGUAGAGAGGAGACUGGCAACAUUUUAAAAUACAGAAGACCCACACACUUAAGUGUAUCUGCAACAUUCUGCAGUUCCUUGAAGCUCAUGAGACUGAAGACGUAUUGCUAAACAAAGCCUUGGUCUUAUCUGUCAUUGAUUAAAGCACUUGACAACUUGCUGUCACAGUUCAGGAAAUCUGAUCACGCUGCCUGCUGCAAUCUUCUGACAAAACACUGCUAAUACGAUUCCUGCUUUUAAUGAUAUUGCUACCUCUGACCUCCAUAAGCUGUAGCUUUAAUCAAAAUAUUUUCCUCUUACCAGUUAAUCCUUAGGGGACCCUUCUGAGUCUACAUCUCCAUGAAAAGAUUUCAUUUUUGUCUUGCUCAGCGUUUGUAUCAAAAUCAAGGGAAUGCUACAUUUAACAGUUCCUUGAAUGGAAUCUUAAUAUUAUAUACAUUUCUGUGAGAUUUAUAAAUAAAAAAUCAUUUUGUAUAGGCAUUUCCCACUGGCAGCCCGUGUUACAUAGCAUUUGCAUUUAAAUAAUGCCUAAAGGUUUAUGUGUCAUUGUCAGAUCGUUAAAGAGCACAGUUCCGUGGAAUAAAGUUCUAUGUCUUAGCUUUCUUGUAUUUUGAAGAGUCCCAGGUUAAACAAUUUGAAGAAAGCUACGUGUGGGACAAAUUUGCUGCACAAGGAUACUUUGUUACUUCUUUUCUGCAGACUGCAGAGGAAGUCCAUGCAUGGGGUGACAGAAAAGGAUCAUUCAAAUGUAUUUGUCUGUUUAUUCCUUCAGGUCUUGCUAAAUUUUCAACUUCUGUAAGACCUCCUUAGAAAAUAAAAAAAGGUGAAGUGUCUUGCAUUCACUCUGCAUUUCUUCAGCAUUCUACAUGUAGAGCUCAGUAACACAGGUUUUCAGUACGUGCACUUUCAUCCAGAGGCUCCAGAGUGUAAAUUUAAACUUCUGUGUUGAAAAUUACCUGGUUGGAUUCUCUCCUUCUUCUCUGCCUACUGACAGUAGUCCUAGUUUUAUUACAGCUGAGUAAAACGUCAAGUUGUUAGAGUUUUUCUAUAUGAUUUGUGAGGGAUCACACAUUCAAUCUUUGGCUUUUGACUAGACCAGUGUUUGGCAGGACCAUAUUUUGGAUAUCAUUCUAUAAAACUAAAACUGUCUAAGUGAAAAAAAAAUGUCUGACAUUGCAGACUUGAGUUCUCCAUCCAGCCUCGGAGUAACUGCAACCUGUGUGUGUAAAGUGGAGCUACGUGUUUCCUGUAAACACUUGCUGGACAGAGACACCUUAAAUAAAUCAGACCCUUGUGUUAUUCUUUUUAUGCAGUCUCAAGGCCAGUGGGCAGAGGUGGACAGAACUGAAGUCAUCAAAAGCAACUUAAAUCCAGUGUUUUCCAAAGUCUUUACACUGGACUAUUAUUUUGAAGAAGUGCAAAAGUUACGUUUUGAAGUGUACGAUAUCCAUGGACACUGCAGUAUUGGAACUCGGGAGGAUGAUUUCCUUGGUGGCAUGGAAUGUACAAUGGGGCAGAUUGUGGCCACAAAGAAAAUGACAAAACCUCUGGUUCUGAAGUACGGAAAGUACGCAGGAAAAUCAAUCAUUACCAUUCUUGCAGAAGAAAUUACUGGGAACAAUGGUUAUGUGGAGCUGUUCUUCAGAGCUAAGAAACUGGAUGACAAGGAUCUCUUUAGUAAGUCAGACCCAUACAUGGAGCUCUACAGAGUGAAUGAUGAUGGGAGUGACCAGCUUGUCUACAGAACUGAGGUUGUCAAAAACAAUCUCAAUCCAGUAUGGGAGCCCUUUAAAGUUUCCCUGAGUUCUCUCUGCAGCUGCGAUGUAAAACGAAAAUUAAGGGGUUUGAUUUGGGAUUAUGAUGCACGUGGCAAGCAUGAUUUCAUUGGAGAAUUUACUGCUACAUUUGAAGAAAUGCAGAAAGCCAUGGGAGGAAACAAGGUCCAGUGGGACUGUGUGAAUCCUAAGUAUAAAACAAAGAAGAGACAUUAUAAGAAUUCUGGGCUUGUCAUACUAACAGAUCUUAAGCUCCAUAGAUUGUAUUCUUUCCUGGACUAUAUCAUGGGUGGAUGUCAAAUUCACUUCACUGUUGCAAUUGACUUCACAGCAUCUAAUGGAGACCCCAGAAACAGCUGCUCUCUUCAUUAUAUUAAUCCUUAUCAACCUAAUGAGUACCUGAAAGCUCUAAUCUCAGUGGGAGAGAUUUGUCAAGAUUAUGAUAGUGAUAAGAGAUUUUCUGCAUUAGGAUUUGGAGCACGGAUUCCACCAAAUUACGAAGUAUCUCAUGACUUUGCAAUUAAUUUCAACCCUGAUGAUGAUGAAUGUGAAGGAAUCCAAGGUGUGGUUGAGUCCUACCAGAACUGCUUACCUAAAAUCCAGCUCUAUGGACCAACAAAUGUUGCUCCAAUUAUAACCAAGGUAGCAAAGCUGGCUGCAGAGGAGGAGAAAACCAAAGAAGCAUCUAAAUACUACAUCCUGCUUAUCUUGACAGAUGGUGUAGUCACAGACAUGGCAGACACAAGGGAAUCCAUUGUGCGGGCCUCUUAUCUUCCUAUGUCAAUCAUUAUUGUAGGAGUUGGUAAUGCUGACUUCACUGACAUGGAGAUCCUUGAUGGGGAUGAUGGCAUUCUACGAUCCCCCAAGGGGGAACCUGUCCUACGUGAUAUUGUGCAGUUUGUUCCAUUCAGGGAAUUCAAAAAUGCAUCUCCUGCAGCAUUAGCAAAAUGUGUCCUGGCAGAAGUUCCCAAGCAAGUGGUCGAAUACUACAGCUACAAAGCUUUCCCUCCAAAGUGUCCAAUCAUGGACUCACCUGACUCAGCUCUUAACUCUCCUCAAGGGAACACACCUGUCUGAUACCCUUAUUUCAUAACUCAUACAAAAAGACUGAAAAAUACCCAUGUAUGAUUUUUACACAGACUGUAGAACUCCACACUUCCAUUGAACGCAUCUUGCCACCCAAAUGAGCCAUUGAUCCAUUGAUAAUGUUAUUCAUAACUUCCAGGAGUCUCUUCUUCCAAUUCUGAAACAAAGCCUCACUAUUAUUUCUAGCAUUGUAGCCUGCUGCACUUUAGAAUGUGAACCACUGUUUUGCUGUGUUUUAUAUAUGAAAUGGGAGAUAAGGGAAGUUAACCUGAAUAAUGUUUGUUUUUUUUCAUCAAAGUACAAAGUUUGAUUAUCAUAUGGGAAUAAAGGGAGGGGCAUUGUUAUCGACAAAGGUACUUUUGUAGAGGUACCAUUUUAUGUCAAAUGGGUUACCUAAAAGCAUGUUCAGUAUUAUAAACAGUGUUUGUGAAGUAGUAUUAUUACUAAGAUACUAAAGUACAAUACCAAUAUGAAAUCGAGUGAGAAAUAUCUUGAAGAAAUCAGUGGACUGCAUAUUGAUAACACAAAUGAUGUAUAAAUUUGAAUCUCUGGCCAGAGGAUAAGCUUAUGGAAAUACAGAAAUUUUACUUUCCUCAACCCAAGCAUUUAUGAUGUAUGUUUAUUUUGUGUUUCCACAAAGCCUUUAAGUGACUUGUAAUUUUUAAGGAAAUUAUGGGACAUUACAGUUCUGAGUAUUGCAUAGUGGUUUGUCUUUCUCUGAUCAUUUUACAUAUUCUAAAGUGUCCAUCUUUUAAGGAAGAAUCAGAAAAUAAGGGUAAAAGCGAGAGAAUAGAGAUAAACAGGAUAAUAAAACUCACGUUGUUUAUCUCUGUUCUCUCACUUUUACCAUUAUUUUGUGAUUUUUCAAUUGCUUUUUUGUUUUUCAUUUUUGUUUUUUUGCAUCUUUUAUUGGAGGCACUGAGGCCAUGUCCUAUAUACCCUGCUGAUGUACAUCUGUGUGUCUAUCAGUAUCUUACAUUCUCAAGUGAGACACAAGCUUUGGCAUACAGAUAAAACAAACUGUAAGAUACAUUUUUGUAUUUGAUGUAGAGGUGAAACCUGGGAGGUGACAAUUGCAGAAAACCUCACGGCUUACUUACCAAUGCUGAGAAAUGCAAAAAAUGUGUUUCAGUCCACCUAAGCAAUUGCAUGAGGAUGCGUCAAAUCUCAUUGCAAGAGUUUGGAAUCAGUUAAGUGCAUGGUCAGGUGAAGGGGUAAUAAAGAGUUAAAUAGUGAACACUCUUGCUAAUUUACAGACACUGGCUGUGAGGGCUGAAUGAUAUGCUGAGGAAUUCUACACAAUGUUAUGAUGUAGAGUCUAAUGUAAUAUACAGCUUCAUGAAUGCAUAAAAAGAGCUUAGGUUGACCAGACAGGUAGCUGAUGAUGACCUAUGUAAAAUUUAAUUCAAACUGGUCUAACUAUCAAAAUUGUAGUUUUGCUUUGAUGUGCUUUGAGUAAAUUUUUGUAGACACUUUGCAUCUCUGUGGAAGAAUUUACGCUGUAUUUUUUUCUUUUCUGGCUGAUCUCAAAAUAUGUUAUCUUGUUUACAGUACAUUAGGUGCAAUAUAUUUGUUUCUUUUUAAUGUUCAGUAUUUAAUGUUCAUCAGUUCACACUCUAAGACUCCUAGGAGGCUUUACAAGAGUUUGCCAAGAAUAAUAGAGAAGUUAUAUAGACAUUUGUAAAACCUGUGGUCUAGUGCAGCCUUAAUUGCUUCUAGACUUCCAGCUUUUCUAACAUCUAUUGACAAAUUACUCCAUUGUUUACUAGUUUUUUCCAUGAAAUGAUCUUCCGCUAUAGUACCAUUAUAAGUAGAUUAGUUCACAAACAAAUUGUUUCUGGUUUCAAUAACAUGUGCCCUAAAUUCAAUUGCUAGUAUUUAUGUCAUGCUGUCAGCAUUCACACAUUUAUACAUUUGAAUUAAAUAUCUUAUCAGUCUAUAUGUAAUUGAAUACAAUGACAACCUUUUUAGAUUGUUGUCUUAACAGAGAUGGUUAACUCUAAUGAUUUGUCUAGCAAAAUCUUUGGAUAUUUUCCUGCCUGUUUUACUGAGAACAAUUAUUGACACAGGCAGCCACGCUGUUUUCAGUUAUAGGUCUUACUGCAGCCUUUAAGACAGAUAAUAGGAUAUUUUCUUCCCACUUGUUAUGCUUUGUAAGAUAUCAAGUUAUGGAACACUUUCUAGUAGUCAUUUGAGCAUUAUCCCCAUACAAAACUCCCCUAUAUACAAUAAUACCCAAAUCCUUAAUCUCUUCCUCACUUUCAAGUAUAUAAUUAUUUAUAGCAUUAUAGCAUACGGGUAACAGAGAUUGCUUUUGCUAAAGUGCAAUAAUUUUGCUUUCCUGGCAUUAAAAUCUAUUUGCUUUUUCAAUGACUACAAAUAUAAGGCACCCCCAAAUUCAUGUAAUUUAGCUUGAUUCUUUAUUGAGCUUAUAAAUGUCCCAAUUUUUGAGUUGUUAGGAAAACUUGCUAAUCAAUAUUUCAAUGUUCACUGGAAAGUCUAUCACAAAUAAUGCAAAUAAAGUUGGUCCUAGAACUAAACCUUGAGGCAGUGCCUAGUUUUACAUCUUCUUAAUCUUUAUUGAAAAUACAUCACAAAUAAUCAGGACUGUCGAUGUUUACCUGGUGAGCAGAUUACAGUGUAUGCUUACAUUUCACAAAUGAAGAGGCUUAUUCUCGAGAGACCCAGAAGUUAAUAUCUGAAAAUGGUCUGCUCAUUAGUUCUACAUUAAGAAAUGCCUUUUUCAGACUCAACAAUUGAUGUUUUCUAGGAUGAAUGAGAAUUGUGUAUUAGCAGUUUGCUUUAUAUAUCCUCAUAUUGCUCAGUCUGUGACCAUGUACAGCUACUGUACGUAUUAAAACCAAACUAUUACCAUUAA